CAGGACUUCAGCUUAGACAGCGCUUUGACAGGCUGUGUCUUUUUUAAUCCUCUUGUCCCCAGACGAGGCGGUGGAGAUGUGUCAGCGGGCAAUUGUUUACUCUGCACACAUUCCGAAGAGGAAACUGUGCCCCUACACGGGACAUUAACUCUACAGGACCUCUCCGCUCCGGGAUGCCAACUCUGUCACGGCCCCACUUCGGACGAAGGCGCUGCAGCACAACUCUUCCUGCGAAACGCUGCCCAGCCCCGAGCUGGUGCGUCAAUGCUACGCGCAACGCCUCGCCUGGCCCUACGUCAUUCGCCUGCGACUGCGCCUGCGCGGGUGGUCAUGCUGUCAGCUAGGCAGCUGGGGCAGGUUCUGCUAGGGCUGCGGCGCUUCGGGAGGUGGCCGGGGCUCGGGACCUGUCGAUUCUUGCGCCGCCUUGGGCAAGGUCCCUUCGACAGAGCCCGGUUACUGGGUUGCGAAUCCUCGCCUAGAGACGCGCAAAAUGAAGAGGGAGAGCACGAGGAGGUACAGAGGAAAGCCCCAGACGCAGAGUCGUCUUCAUCUCUCCCUCCACGCGUCCGGGGACUUGGGACCAGAUGUCUUUCCUCACUGGAAAGAUUGAAACCCCCGACGCUGCGAGAGGAGUCAGUUCCUCAAGAGCGGGAGUGCUCGAGUGGAGACCAAGGCGAGCCCGGUCCCUCCUUGGCCCAGUCUGCCACCGAGGACGAAGAACCUCACAUCUCCUCUUCCUGGUCAACUUCCAGAGAGGUGCCUUUUCGGACUGGGGAGCUGAUUUUAGCUGAGACUAGAAAGAGAGAAACACAAUUUAAAAAAUUAUUUAGGCUGAGUAACGCCGGACACUUAAAUAGUAGCUGGGGGACAGUCCCAUUCAGGGAGAUCGUGGGGAAGUUCCCCGGCCAGAUACUGAGGAGUUCUGCUGGUAAGCACUUCAUGCUGAGGAGGCCAACACUGGAGGACUAUGUAUUACUGAUGCAAAGAGGGCCUGCUAUCACAUAUCCAAAGGAUAUGAAUAUGAUACUGUUGAUGAUGAAUAUCCACCCAGGUGAUACUGUUUUGGAAGCUGGCUCGGGCUCUGGUGGAAUGAGUUUAUUUCUAUCCAAAGCAGUUGGAUUGCAAGGACGAGUCAUAAGUUUUGAAAUACGAAAAGACCACCAUGAACUGGCUAAGAAGAAUUACAAACACUGGCGUGAUUCAUGGAAAAUGAGUCAUGUAGAAGAGUGGCCAGACAACGUGGAUUUUAUUCAUAAGGAUAUUUCAGGAGCAACUGAAGAUAUACAGUCUUUAACAUUUGAUGCGGUAGCUUUGGAUAUGCUGAAUCCUCAAGUUGCUUUGCCCGUUUUAUACCCAAAUCUUAAACAGGGUGGUAUAUGUGCUGUCUAUCUAGCAAACAUCACACAGGUUAUUGAACUUUUAGAUGGAAUUCGUGUAUGUGAACUUGCCCUUUCAUGUGAAAAGAUAAGCGAAGUUAUUGUCAGAGAUUGGUUGGUUUGCCUUGCAAAACAGAAAAAUGGACUUUUAGCUCAAAAAGUGGAACCUAAAAUCAACACAGAUUUACAAUUACAUUCUCAAAAGAAAAUUAGAAUUGAAGGUGAGAUGUUUCAAGAGGAUGACCACGAAGAAUCACCUUGUGAUUUUCCCUAUGGAUCAUUUCCCUAUAUUGCUAGACCUAUACACUGGCAAACUGGUCAUACGGCCUUUCUUGUCAAGUUGAGGAAGUGCAAACCACAACUUAACUGAGUACCUCAGAUGACAACUGAUUUGAAGACAGAAAUAUAUCAAAAUAAAACUUUAUAUUGCAAAUCA